AUGUUAAUGCAGUCGAUAAUGUUCCAGGGGUCUAACAAGGUUAUCAUCAGUGGCUUAAAAUCACUCAACAGCCAGACAAUUCACAUUGCGAUAGACCAUUGCAACAACUUACUGAUUAAGGAUGUUAGAAUUACAGCUCCCAGCGAGAGCCUCAACACCGACGGUAUCAACGUGCAGGCCCCAAGUGGUGUUACAAUCAGGAACAAUACCAUUAGGACAGGAGAUGAUUGCAUAGCGAUCGGCCCCGGCUCCAGGCUCUUGUGGAUGGAGAAAAUCGCAUGUGGUCCUGGACAUGGCAUCAGUCCUACCACCUCUGUCUAUACCGUCACCCUCAAUCUCACCGCCAUCUCCACCCUUUACUGCAACCCCUCAUCCCUACCUCCACCCCUUUGCAGCCAAUCAUCCCCACCUUCACCCCAACUCGAGUAUUAUUAUUAG